CGGCUGUCUUUGAGGGGGAACUGCUGCAGAGACUAACGGGGAAUGCCAUGUGUCGCUGCGCGACAUAGGAGCUCUUUGUGGGGCUGUUUUGCACCGGGGACAGGUGGUGCCGCGUGUGUCAUGUGCAUGUGUGAGUGAGUGUAGGGACUAGCAGGGGGUACGGACACACAACCCCCGAGACAGUUGUUUUAGGGAUGUCAGGCCGGCGUACGGGAUCAGUUUUUUCCCAGAGACAGCGGGACACACAGACUUGACUCUUACAGUUGCUGUCUCAGCGGCACCUUUCCCUCGGUAAUCAGAGACUACACUGUCGUGUUGCUAUGGCAGUUGUGGCCCGUCCCUCCUUCCUCCUGCUGUGCUUGGUGCUCCGAACGGCAAGCCCGGCAUUCCCAGAGGAACCAGGGCCCCUCAACUUCAUCCCCACCGAAGUGGUGAGACGAUAUCCAGUUUUUCUGGGCCGACCGCACAGAACAUGGCUGAGACAAGAGCCUCUGCACAUACAGAGGAUCCUCCAAGUCAACCGGACACUCUACAUCGGCGCCAGAGAUGACCUUUUCCGUGUGGAACUGGACAUCGUUGCAGGGGACGAGAUGUUUUACAGCAAGAAAAGAACAUGGGAGUCAAACAAAAAUGACAUCCGGAUCUGUAGAAUGAAGGGCAAACAUGAGGAUGAGUGCCGUAACUUCAUGAAGGUGCUACUCAGUCGACAAGGAGGAUUGUUUUUGUGUGGGACCAAUGCCUUCAAUCCGUUAUGUGCCAACUAUACGGGAGACACCCUGGAGAUGGUUGGGGACCCGGUCAGUGGGAUGGCGAGAUGCCCUUAUGACCCCAAACAUGCUAAUGUAGCUCUGUUUGCAGAGGGGAAUCUGUUUACAGCCACAGUGACAGACUUCCUGGCCAUUGAUGCGGUGAUCUAUCGUAGCCUUGGGGACAGUCCCGCUCUGCGCACCGUCAAGCACGACUCCAAAUGGUUCAGAGAGCCGUUCUUUGUCAGUGCUGUGGAGUGGGGACCUCACAUCUACUUCUUCUUCAGAGAGAUAGCCAUGGAGUUCAAUUACCUGGAGAAGGUGGUGGUGUCACGUGUGGCCCGAGUGUGUAAACGUGACCAAGGGGGUUCGCAGCGCGUGCUGGAGAAGCAGUGGACGUCCUUCCUGAAGGCCCGGCUGAACUGCUCUGUACCGGGUGAUUCACAUUUCUACUUCAACCUGCUCCACUCCACCAGCCCCAUCAUCAGGAUGCACGGCAGAGACAUCAUCCUGGGAGUCUUCUCCACACCAGCUAACAGUAUUCCAGGUUCGGCAGUGUGUGCCUUCGACAUGGAGCAACUCGCCUCUGUGUUUGAAGGAAGAUUUAAAGAGCAGAAAUCCCCAGAGUCGAUUUGGACGCCUGUUCCAGAUGAAAACAUCCCCAAGCCAAGACCAGGCGGAUGUGCUGUUCAAGGAUCCAGAUUUAAUUCCUCGAACUCUUUCCCUGAUGAGAUGCUGAACUUUGUGAAGACCCACCCGCUGAUGGAUGAAGCGGUGCCGUCACUUGGGCAGAGACCCUGGAUAGUCAGAACGAUGGUCAGGUACCAGCUGAAUAAGAUGGUGGUGGACACAGAAGCUGGGCCCUAUCGAAAUCGCACCGUGCUUUUCCUCGGGUCAAGCAGAGGGACCAUCCUCAAAUUUCUCAUUAUGCCCAACCAGGACAAUACAGUCACCAACAGCAACAUCUUCCUGGAGGAGCUGGAGGGAUUCAACCCCGAUAAGUGUGCUGAGGAUUCUCCGCAGGCCAGGCAGCUGCUGUCUCUGACUCUGGACCGAGUUAGCCACACUCUGCUCCUCGCCUUCCCCUCCUGUGUGGUCAGGAUACCUGUGGCACGAUGCCAGCUCUACUCCCGAUGCAUGAAGAACUGCAUCGCUUCCAGGGAUCCUUACUGCGGCUGGACCAGAGGAAGCACCUGCUCAUUCCUCAGACCAGGGACUAGACUGCCGUUUGAGCAAGAUGUUGAACAAGGAAACGUGGCCCACUUGGGUGACUGUGAUGGAAUGCUGCUCCAGGAGAGUUUCAUCGAGGAGCCUGACGGCUUGGUGUCUGUGAAUCUGCUGGUGGUGUCUGCUGUGUCUGCCUUCGCCACAGGGGCCAUCCUCUCUGGCCUCACUGUCUGCUGGAUCAUGAGCCACCGCCACCGCCAUUCCCGUGGCUCUGGAGCCAACGGUGCUCGUCGCAAGAUUGACAAAGAGCAAAGCAUGCUGGGGCAGGGUCGGAGUGGGUCAGUAAUGAGCGUAACAAGAACCAGUGGUGGUGAGAGGCGACGUUCACAGGCAGACAACCCAUUCGUCACACCCAACGGUUGGCCCAAAGGAGAGAUGGACCCGGGCUUGCUGCCCACACCGGAGCAGACCCCGCUGCAGCAGAAACGGGCCAUGCGUCUCCCCGACACCGACUGGGAUCAGAGCCAGACCUUCCUCACCGCCGUGGGGACAACAUGCCCCAACAACUCAGUCAUUUACCUGAGCUCCAAGUUCCUGCACGGUGGCGGAGGGGGCGGGGGCAUGGUCCGAAUAGAGGAUCCGGGAGAGGUGGUGCUGCCCCCACACACAGAGCGCCAGCGCUACCUGAUCCUGGCCACCCAGAGAGGGGAGCACGGUGGCAGUCGUCCCACCGGCACCCUGAGGAACUCGGCAGGAGAGUACAUCUACCCCGCCACGCCACAGGAUUCCCCCGACCGGCGGAGGGUGGUGUCCGCUCCUACUCCUCACAUGGACUAUGGGGAGCCUCGCUGGAGUCACGAGGCGCUCAACUACAACAGCAACAAUGGAGCGCCCUAUCACACUCAGCGCCAGGGGCUUAUCAGGCCAGACAUGCACGGGCCUCGAGGGCUGGGCGAGCUGGCUGACUUCAGCCAUCUUCUGGGGAAGAACAUGGGAGAGCGCACCCCCAGUGGCCAGUGAGGUGAAUUAGAUGAGCCGUGACACCAAGCUCUCUCUGAAAACCCCUCUCCCUUCUACAGUAAACUGGAAUAAAUCAACCCCCCAGACUCACUGUCCCGGUCCAAUCUUACCCUGUCUGUCCUCUCUCACUGUCAUUCAAUGUUCUGACGUCAUUCAGCCGACUUAAGAGAGAGACGGAAAGAAAAGAAGCAGAGUUCGAAUAAAGAGGAGAAAACUCUCUUUGCAUCUCUGUUCCUCUGGUAGUCAGUGGUACAAUCCACACAGAGGUGACUUUGACACCACAGGACAAACAGCAAGGCAAAGAGAGGGGUGCAAAAGAAGGGGAAUUCUCAUUAAGAGACAAAUAUGAAAAACUAAAAAAAAAAAAAAAAAGAAACAUUUUCGCUUGCAGCGCCAAAUGUGAAAGGUCUCCCUCCACCAUUUUGUUCACUAAAAUCUACUUUCAGUGUGGAAUUUUGUUUCUGCUUUGUUUAUUCUUUGUGCCAGUGGCAUCCAGCAGACAACAAUGUGCUUUACUUUGGAUUUCAAAUGGACUAAAAUUGUUGUAGCUAUGCCAGAGGGCAGUGACUGUCAAUGAAUCAUGCAGUGUGUGCGUGUGUGCGUGCGCGCGUGCGUGCGUGCGUGGCCACAACAACCCCAACCAGCAUCCUGUCCUAACUGUGAAGUAUAACUAUAUGAAGAAGUUGGUGAAUACAUUGUUUAUUUUUUCAUUGUAUAAACAAUCACAGAGAUGCAAAAAGUUACUUGAAGCUCUGUGUGUUAACCAAGGUCUGAAUGGUUGACCAGCGGCAAGUGAGGUGUUUAGAUUUGCCGGGUGUGAUUCGGGUUUUUUUUUUUUUUUUUUUUGCUUGUUUUUUUUUAAUCACUUCCAGUACUUUAAAAGCAGUACUGGAUGGAGCCAUGAUGUUGUGAAAGAGAGCAAUAAAUAGCAAGAAACAUACGCGGUAGGGACGAAGAUAAAGCCAAUUUAAAAUGAUAUUUUUAUAAUAUCACUGUCUUCUCAUGGCAAACUGAAGCCUAGACAUGUCAGAAAAACGGAGGCUCUGGGAAAAGGUAUAGUAUCUCCCCUCCAUUCUUCCCUCCCCUGGCUGCCUCUCAGUAUGCCGGGGUCUGUCUGACCUGACCCGAGGCCUCCCUUGGCUCCGCAGUCCAUUUGAAGGAGGGAAUGUGAGCUCUGGCUGUCUGACUAUCUGACGGAGACUGUGAGGCCCAGCCGCUUGGGAGCUCCAUUCAGCCUCUUCUGCCCGACACUGAGCCUCUUUGUGCCCCACAAGCACGAGGAGACUGCGGCAACAAAUAGCCGUUAAGAGUCAGGGACGUAGCCCACCAGAGCAGCCUCGCAGAAUGUCAAUGAGGAGGACAGCAGCUCCAUCCGUCAUUCCAGAUAUGCCAACCAGGCCCGGGCAUCUCUUGUGGGUCACCCACGUUGGCAUUUCACUGGUUUGCCGGAGCAAGGAGGGCUGAAGCUGAGGCUGAGGCCGAGGCCGAGGCGGAGGCUGAGGCCAGGGAUGGGGCGCUGCUAACUGUCACAAUGGUCAUCCCUUGUGGCUUUUUUCUCUUUCGGUCUCUCAGUGUGUUUCCCAACAAAAGCGGGAUAAAGAAAACAGAUGGCAUGGGCACACUAGGGUGUGGAGUUACUCUUUCACUCUGUUGUCUGAUCUUUUGAUGUUUUCUGUUUUUGUCUCCUGUCAUCCGCUACUGAUUCAAAUGUAGAUCCACAGAUAACUUCAGUUCAUUUGGGUCAUGCUUUAAGGUGGUGUCUGUUGGUCAGCUUGUGUGUGUGUGUGUGUGUGUGUGUGUGUGUGUGUGUGUGUG